UUCUGGAUAUAGACUUAGGAGAAAACAAAGAUCAUGAAACUGGGAAUGACGUUGAAGAAAUGUUUGAUACACUUAUCUCCCUUGUUCAAGAGAACAACGAGACGUUAGAGUGGGUAUCACAUAACAUGGUAUAUUCCGAACCUGGAGAAGUGACGGACUUGAUUGAAGAGUUGAAUGACCUUAUAAAUGAGCAACGAGAUUCAAUCAAAGUAUUUCUAUUACGCCAAAAAUACAGAAAAAACAAUGAUUUGACUGAAGAUUUUAUGACAAUGGACGGAAAACUCCCAACGAGAUUAUAUGAAGAAGAUUUGGCAGCGUUAAAAGAAAAGGAAGAAAACCUAGAUGAUGAUAGAGAAUUAAAGACCACUAUUAUUGAUAACAAUAUAGUGCGAGCCUCAGAAUUGUAUCCCGAGAGCACGUGA